AUGGAAUCUAGUAACUUUCAAUUUUUUUUAAACAUCUCACAUUCAUUUUAUGAAGAAUUCUUACGAAUUCAUCCUCCGAUCGAACUAACGAUUAAACGUGAUGAAUUAAUCUCGCCAUCGAUUGAUUCUCGAAAUGCUUCGAACCAUGACAAAAACCCCGAAAAAUAUAAAACGCCACGACCUUUAAAUUCUUUCAUGCUAUUCAGAAAGAAUUUUCAGGCCGAAUUAAAAUCAUUAGGUGUUGAUAUUAAGAAUGGAACAAUUUCACGAUUGGCUUCUAAAAUCUGGAAAGAACAACCUGAUCCUGUAAAAAACUAUUUCAAAAUUGCCGCUGAAGCAGCUAGUAAAAUACAUAAAGAAAAAAAUCCUUCUUAUAGAUAUUCCCCCCAAAAAAACCGCAAAAAGGUUAAAUCUAACAAAAUAUCCAAGAAAGCGCCGAAAAUUGAGACUAAUCGAUCUCCAUUUCCGAAUUAUGAUCAACGUCCGGAAGACAUUCCUCGUUCAAAUAAUCUUAACGGCGAUCCCAAUGAGGAAGAAAUUUUUUCCCAAAACCUCGUUAAGUACACGAACGUCCCCCUUUGA